AUGGCGAGACUCACUGACGAUGCCGGCGAAACGUCUGAGAAUGUACCACGUCCACGAUUCGACUUUGGAAAUGAUCAUGCAUACAAUGGACUCCAGGCUAGAUCGCCUCUUUCAAAAUCGACCUCCAAUCUUCCUGAAUUCAACAAUCUAUACUCGAAGUGUCCCCUUACUUCUAAGCCUCCAGGCCCUCGUUUGGAGGAGCAAUGGGUAAUGCGCUCACCUACCGAAUCGCUAGAUUUUUAA